GCUUCACGACAGAGCCGUAAAGGCGCGCAGGCAGCAACGCGGAGCAUGGCUCUGUACGCUGCGGCGGCGGCGGUGCUGGCGGGCGUGGAGAGCCGCCAGGGCUCCCAAGGACUAGUGUACGCCAGCAGCUUCCAGAAUGUGAAGCAGCUGUACGCGCUGGUGUGCGAGACGCAACGCUACGCCGCUGUGCUGGACGCCGUGAUCGCCAGCGCCGGCCUCCUCCGCGCAGAGAAGAAGCUGCGGCCGCACCUGGCCAAGGUGCUAGUGUACGAACUGUUACUUGGAAGAGGCUUUAAAGGGCAUGGGGGCCGAUGGAAGCCCCUGCUGGACCGGCACCAGGCAAGGCUGAAGGCUGAGUUGGCCCGGCUCAAGGUUCGUCGAGGUGUGAGCCGGAACGAGGACCUGUUGGAAGUGGGAUCCAAGUCUGACCCAGCCUCCCAGGUGCCUCGAUUUGUGCGGGUGAACACUCUGAAGACCUGCUCUGAGGAUGUAGUUGAUUAUUUCAAGAGACAAGGUUUCUCUUACCAGGGCCAGGCUUCCAGCCUCGAGGACAUAAGGGCCCUCAAAGGGAAGUGUUUUCUUCUGGAUCCCUUGCUGCCAGAGCUGCUUGUGUUUCCAGCCCAAACAGAUCUGCAUGAACAUCCACUGUACCAAGCUGGUCACCUCAUCCUCCAAGACAAGGCCAGCUGUCUCCCAGCCGUGCUGCUGGCUCCUCCCCCGGGUUCCCAUGUCAUUGACGCAUGCGCUGCCCCAGGCAAUAAGACCAGUCACUUGGCUGCUCUUCUCAAGAACCAAGGGAAGAUCUUUGCCUUUGACCUGGAUGCCAAGCGGCUGGCGUCUAUGGCCACCCUGCUGGCCCGAGCUGGGGUGUCUUGCUGCGAGCUGGCCGAGCAGGACUUCCUGGCGGUCGCACCCACAGACCAGCGUUAUCGUCAGGUCCAGUAUAUCUUGCUGGAUCCUUCGUGCAGUGGCUCUGGGAUGCUGACCAGACGGCUGGAGGAGCCCGGGGCCGGCGCCCCGAGCCAGGAGCGCCUGCGGGCGCUGGCGGGCUUCCAGCAGCGGGCCCUGAGCCACGCGCUCACGUUCCCUGCCCUGCGGCGCCUCGUCUACUCCACGUGCUCCCUCUGCCAGGAGGAGAAUGAAGAUGUGGUGCAAGCUGCCCUGCAGCAGAGCCCAGGAGCCUUCAGGCUGGCUCCCGUCCUCCCCUCCUGGCCGCAUCGAGGCCUCGGCACGUUUCCAGGUGCUGAACACUGCCUCCGGGCCUCCCCUGACACCACGCUCACCGGUGGCUUCUUCAUCGCUGUGCUUGAACGGGUAGAGGUGCCAAGUGCCGUCUCACAGGCUGAAGCAUCCACCCCAGAACUGACGUCCAGCCCAGGCCCAAGGAGGAAGAGACGGCGGCAAAGGGCAGCGGCCACUCCCAGCACACAGCCUGGCACGUAGCCGGGGCUCAGAGCCUGGACUGCUCAGGUCCUCCUCCCAGCUCCGUCUCCGGCCCUCAGUGCCGGGCAGCGGGCUUGUGUGGAAAGGGUCUUUCCAUGGCUGUAGGAAUUAAACGGGCGAGCCUGCUCCUCCAGCCGGGGAGGGUGGCCCUCCCUCGGGCUGUGCCGCUGCCGCUGCGCUGUGUUCUUGCUGGGAGGCACUGCUGCCCACGGAAAUAAAAGGCAGGACAUGGUCUACGAUA